AUUUUGGGCCAUUUGGGGGGGAUUUUGGGACCGGGAUCGCUUGGGGGGGGCAUCAAUGGGGUGUGGGGGUGUGGGGGGGGCAUCACACAAACCCCCCCCUCGUUGCCCCCCCCCCAGAUUUUCCGUGGGAAGGAUUCCCCCCUCCUCUACUCCCAGCUGCGCCUCUUCUUCACCGACGUCACCUGCGCCAAACCCCGCAGCAGCCGCAACUCCAGCAUCGAAGCGUUCGUGGUUUGUCGUGACUACAGCCCCCCCGAGGGCUACGUGCCCACCAUGGACAACCCGCUGCUGGAUCCCGAUGGGGUUCUGGAGCUGUCGGAGCUGUCGGGGCCGUCGCGUCUGAUCGUUCCCUUCGUGGCCUGCGGGGAUCUGAGUGCCUACGACCCCGACCGAACCUAUCCGCUGCAGGUGGGGGCACUGGGACGGACUGGGAUAUACUGGGAGGGACUGG